AUGGCUUCGCACUCGGUAUCGGCUCGUCCAGGCCUUCUUAGUCCUGACCGGCCCGUCAGAAGUUUAUCGAUAGCUUUCUGGCUCUGGAAGGCUCUUUUGUUCUUGGUCGUCAUCGGCGCCCCUGGGCCAGGGUAUGAUACCUCCACGAGCCUUCUUACGCCUGGUUUGUCCGGUCUUUCAGCGCCUCUCAAGUUUGUCAGGUGGGAUUCAAUCUACUUUGUCCACAUUGCAGAGAAGGGCUAUGUCUUUGAACAAGAAUGGGCCUUUAGUUAUGGGUAUGCCAAGAUUUUGGCGUUCUUAACCUUUGUUUUCCACCCGUCAUCAGGUGAUGAUGGCCUAGGUGGGACAACUAAAAUCGCAAUAGUAGCCAUUGCGCUUUCACACCUUGCCCAUUAUUUCUCGGUCUUGUCCUUGUACAGACUCUCAAUCAACCUUUUUGGACAGGAUACCACCCGGCAAAAGCUCAUCUGCUUCCUCUCUGCUGCACUGCACAUUAUAUGCCCAGCCGGGGCGUUCCUUUCUGCCCCGUAUGGAGAGUCAGUCUUCUCUUUUCUCAAUAUCACCGGGUUCUACAUAUAUUCUUCCUCUGUUCUUGACAACAGGGCUGGUAGGAGAGUAACCAGAGAUGUGAAGCUAUUCUUAACUGCUAUAUUUUUCUCUGCUGCCACGAUCGUUCGCAGCAAUGGGAUUCUCAGUGGAUACUUAUUUUUAUGUGAUGCCCUUUUACAGCUUCGAGUGAUUCUAUCACAAGGCCUGUCGGUAGAUGCUUGUGUUCACCUCUGCGUCAUCAUCAUCAGUGGCUGUAUUCUAGCAUUGGGAUUUGUCGUCCCCCAGUGUGCUGCGUAUAUGGAAUACUGCAUGUCCGCAGACGUCUCAAGGCCCUGGUGUCAGCGUCUUCUCCCCAGUAUUUAUGGCUGGGUUCAAGAUCAUUACUGGAAUGUGGGGUUCCUUCGAUACUGGACGGUAUCAAAUAUUCCCCUAUUUUUACUUGCCCUCCCUAUGUUGUUCAUACUAUGUCGAUCUUCUAUCUGGGGUUUGAAAGAGACAUUGUUAUCUAGCUCCCGCAAAACCGCCAAAGGUGUACAGGCCAAAUUGCCGGCCACGCAAGCUUCGUUGCUGGCGCGACUAGCUGUCCCACAGGCGCUGCUUGCCCUGUUGGCAUUUACUAGCUACCAUGUGCAAAUUAUUAAUAGGCUAUCGUCCGGAUAUCCUUUGUGGUAUUGGUACCUUGCCCAUCAAAUUUUCGGCGACUCUGGAAAAGCUGGUCCGACAAUUAAUCACAGCCCAGUUGUUAAAUUUGCUGUGCAAGGCGCAGUUAUUUAUGCAUUUAUUCAAGCGAUUCUUUUUGGGUCGUUCCUCCCACCGGCUUAG